AUGACAAAAGAUCAAUUAAAGUGCCUCAUCUUUUUGAAAGUCCUGCUGUCACCUUGUGAUUCUGAAACCAGAGCUCGUCUGCUCUCCAAAAUUGAACAGGACUUAGACUGCACUCUGCAGACGUUGACGGCCGAGUGUCAGCGACUCAAGAAUCCUAUGCACGAUUCCGUGAUCGUGGAGCAACCCAGUUCCUCGUUUGUCGUGACCAACUUCCAUGCUGUCACUCGCACGAGGUCGAUGUCACCGCAGACGCCCCAAAACUCCACAUUCAGAAAACCUCCAUCAGCAUGUUGGCAGUGCGGUAAUUAUCAUUUCUUUCGCGUCUGUCCAUUCACGAAGCACUUAUGUCAGAAAUUCCACAAGCCAGGGUAUAAGGAAGAUUACUGCUCCACGGGCCAACCACCAAAAUCAAGUACAGGCGACAGGAAGAAGACACGUUCCAAACGCCCUUCAUCGGUUUCCGGUCUCAAGUCUCACAGAAUCCUAGUCAGAUUCCAAACUCAAUUCGAGGCGCGGAGGAAGCCUCUUACUACCAAUGGCAAACUUGUACGCCUCCAGUUUGACACAGCGUCAGACAUCAGCCUCACAGCAGCGCACUUAGCAGAUAAUUGUACGGCCUCCAAUAAUUACAUCGGACAAAAAGGCUAUGCAUUUUUCUGGCGGAUUCCUCUGGCUGAUGGGUGA